AUGUUGUUGAUACUGGAAUUGUGUCUCCAACAGCCAACGAAUUUCGAUACAGUUUUUGCUAAUCUAGUCACCCAGCUUGGCUUCAAUUCGGUAGCAUUCUGGAAAAUUGCCGUUCCGUUAGUUUACGACUCCGAUCUUUCAUUUGGAACACAGUUCCGAGAUUCGCUUCUUUUUUCUCUUGCUCUAUACGAUGUCAAUAAUAGCAAGAAUCGUUUGCGGUAA